ACUGCUGGGUGUCAUGCUGAGUCCAAAUGUGUCAAGGAGCAAAUCAGCUUGGACACAGGCUGGGAGGCAUCAGCACUGGACUGUGGGCAGGAUUUUUCUAAGACAAAACAUCCCGAGAAAAAGCAAAAAUAGUAUUAAAGCUGCUUCCUUUACUUAUUUAAUUAUGCAGACACGUUUGUCCCGCAAAUAUCAACGUGAGGUAACCCAAGUAUAAUCCAAUCAGAGUCGUAAAAGUGUAUUUUCCUGUGGAGACCAUGCGCAGCUUCUUGGAGCCGUGCGUCCCAGCCGAAGUACCACAGGGCUUUGCAACAAGAGAUGCGGCCCUUCACGGGACUAUCUUGGCCGGACCCUCGCUGUUCUCAGCCCUCUCCUUAUCCUCCCGAAGAUCAUCAGAACCAAGUCUGGAUGCCAGCGCGGACCCGAUGAUUCAAACGUCUUCGAUUUCGUGCAGGCCUCCAGAAAUUCUGGAGGGAGGAGGACUGACAGAGGAUGAGCCGAAAGUUUAUUUGGAAGCCAGCGACCUUUGGAGAGAGUUCCACAAAUGCGGCACUGAAAUGGUCAUUACAAAAUCCGGGAGGCGCAUGUUUCCGCCGCUCAAGGCCAGGUGCACCGGGAUGGACAGAAAAGCCAAAUAUAUUCUUCUGAUGGACAUCGUGGCGGCGGAUGACUGCAGAUAUAAGUUUCAUAACUCCCGGUGGAUGGUGGCGGGGAAGGCGGACCCGGAGAUGCCCAGACGCAUGUACAUCCACCCGGACAGUCCGGCCACGGGCGAGCAGUGGAUGUCUAAACUUGUCAACUUCCACAAGCUGAAACUGACCAACAACAUAUCCGAUAAGCAUGGAUUUACAAUUCUCAACUCGAUGCACAAAUACCAGCCAAGAUUUCACAUAGUUAAGGCAAAUGACAUCCUGAAACUGCCUUACAGCACUUUUAGGACAUAUGUCUUCUCUGAGACAGAUUUCAUCGCAGUAACAGCUUACCAGAAUGAUAAGAUCACACAGCUGAAAAUAGACAACAAUCCUUUCGCAAAGGGAUUUCGAGACACGGGAAACGGAAGAAGAGAAAAGAGGCAAGUUAUUGGUUUAAAUGACUCAUCGAUUUCCGUACAAAAACAGUUAAAAACUUUGUUGCAGUAUACAAAAGCCAGAAUUGUUUUAUGGUGGUGGAGGCCUUCUUUUCUUUACUAGAGUUCGGCUGCGCCUGCUCUGUGCCACAG